AUGAGUGUUCCCUUUUUGUCCAUAAGGGUAAUGGGAACUUUUCGGUAUUUGGCUCCUGAAUAUGCUUCAAGUGGUAAAUUGAUAGACAAAUCAGAUGUUUUCUCAUUUGGUGUCAUGCUCCCUGAGUUGAUUACUGGUCGUAGGCCAGUCGAUACAACUCCAUUUGCUAAAGAUAGUACGGUAGAUUGGAUAGUUCGAGCCUUGGAAGGUGAUGUUUCUCUUGAUGAUCUAAAUGAGGAAGUGAAGCCAGGGUACAGUACUGUGUAUGGAUCAUAUGGAAGCAUAGACUAUGAUUUCAGCCAAUAUCUUUUUAAAGCUUUUCAUUAA